GGGGUUUGAAGAGCACAUGCGUGGACCGUUUUCUUCCUUUUGUCUCCGGUCCUUGUUAGUGGCGCCAUGGGUCACCAGCAGCUCUACUGGAGUCACCCUCGCAAAUUCGGUCAGGGGUCUCGGUCGUGCCGCGUCUGUUCGAACCGGCAUGGCCUGAUCCGCAAGUAUGGCCUGAACAUGUGCCGCCAGUGCUUCCGGCAGUACGCAAAAGACAUCGGCUUCAUCAAGUUGGACUAAGUUAUAUUAACGGAUCUUGCUUACACUGACCAUCAGUGACUAUAUACCAUUUUACUGGAUUCUGGACGACUAUUUGAUCUACCCUCCUAAAGAUCUGAUUCUGUUGUACAUUCUAUGCUACCAUUUGCAUAUAUGAUUAAAAAGGUCAUCCUCAGUUAUUAAAAUUCAGUGUGAACUUA